AUGCUGCCGCCCAUAGGCAAAGCCAUACUUCGCUGCAAAUCUGAGGAAAAAAGUAGCAAUAAAGACUCCGCAGCCAAACGUCGUCUACCCCGUGGUGUACUCCACCUACAGGAGCUUUCCACUCGCUUUCCAAAGAGUUUAACCUACAAACAAAUGCAGAAAUCCAGCUUCCUCCAAGUUCCCGAAAUCAUCAUUCUCAUUAUGGAGAGGCUGGAUAAGUGUUUACCGCCGUUAUCGAAAUUCCUAAACGGAUGCCUGCCAGAGACGGUGAGCCAAUGUGAAGACAUGUUGUCCACGUUGGUAAACGGCCAGGCCUUCCGUUCGCCAUACUCUCUCAAGACGCUGGAUGACGCUAAUCCGGUGCAGUUGUGUAUCAUGCUGAAACUCUUCCUCCUACGCUUGGAAUUACCGCCCUUUUUGGCCUCCAUAGAACUCUGCGAGAUUCUGAGAAAGGAGCCCUUUAAAGUCACCCCGAAUAUUGGUAUGUGUAGGGCGGUGACCUAUGAAAUACUUUCGAAGGAAUUAAAGGGUAGUCUGGUGCACUCUUCCGCAGCCCAAACGGCCACGUUUGCCUACAUAAUGGAACGAUUCCAGCGUUGGUGUCAUGAGGAGGUUGCCUUUCGACUCAAAAAUGGAGACACUUCGGUUGAUAGGACCCAGGUGUUUGAAGAUGCUGUCGAACUUCUGACUCACGUGUUCGGCCCCUGUUUGGUAGGACUGGAUUAUGGCUAUUUGGCGGCGAUGGUGUUUAACAAGGUGGAAGACUACACACCGGAGAUAAUUAUACAGACAAUUCUUCGGCUCUGUAUGGGCUUUAUUGUGACUCGCUUCUGGCAUGAUAUCUCGCUUUACGGUAUUCUUGAGUCGACCCAGAACCUGCCGGGAAAAGCAGCUUCGGGUGUGAAUACGGAUUCGUCUCUGGGGGGAUCUAAAGUUCACAAAUUGGCUCUGCACCAUUGA